AUGAAGCUCCUCCGCCAACAAAUCGAGGCCAAAACCGGCGCAGGCACCGCAACGCUCCUCCCCGAAGAACCAGAAGACAUGUGGCACGCCUACAACCUAAUCCAACCGACCGACCAAAUUCGCGCCAAAGCCAUCAGACGCAUCUCUAAAGAAAUGGGCGCCGGUGCCGUAACCUCCCAGCGCAUCGCGCUCGACCUUACCAUCGCCGUUACAUCAAGCGACUUCGACCUCGCAAGCAACGAGCUCCACGUCGCCGGGCGUGUCGUCUCUGAGAACGAGCACGUCAAGAUGGGCAGCCACCAUACGCUGGACCUAGAGUUGAAUCGCAAAUUCACGCUUGAGAAGGUGGACGGGUGGGAUAGUGUGGCGGUGGGGAUGUUGACCGAGGCUUGUAAUACGGGGAGUAGGGCGGAGAUGUGGGCGGUGGUUAUGGGCGAAGGGAUUGCCAAUAUUUGCUUGAUUACUGAGCACCAGACUAUACUGCGGAAUCGCGUGGAGGUGUCGGUGCCGAGGAAGGGCAAGGGACACAUGGAGCAGCAUAACAAGGGGCUAGAGAAGUUUCACAAUAUGCUAUUGAGCACGCUGCAGAGGGAUAUGGAGAGUGCGAAGAGGGAUGCGCAGACAGAGAAGACGGCGCCGCUGUUGCUUGCGAGCGCGGGCUUCUACGCGCAGGCUUUUCUGCAAUUUGUCAAGGACUAUGCGGUACGGACAGGGAAUAAAUUCCUCCAGGUUCUUAUACCGAGUAUUGUCGUUGCGCAUUCGGCUGGCGAACACGUUCACAACCUCGCGGAGGUACUAGCAUCACCAGCCUGCACGGCGAAGCUCUCCGAUGCCAAGUUCACCCGCGAAACCGCACUCAUGGACACGUUCAUGAAACACAUGCGACUGGAAGACGGGCGCGCCGCGUACGGACCACGAGAAAUCGAACGGGCGGUGGAUAGUGGAGCAGUCGGCAGAGGGGGCGGUGUACUUCUGAUUUCGAAUACGCUUUUCCGAUCACACAACCUCGCCGAGAGAAAACGAUGGGUUGCACUUGUGGAUCGGGUGAAAGACAUUGAAGGUGGUGAGGUGAGGGUAUUGAGUAGCUUGCACGAGAGCGGGAAGAGAUUAGAGGCGCUGGGGAGCAUUGCCGCCAUCCUGACGUACCCACUAGAAGAGAUCGACGACGAUGAAGAUGAGGAAGAGGUCAACGGGGUGCAUGCAAACGAUGACGAAAUGAUAAUAUAG